GACUGGAUCUAAUUAUUUGUGACCGUUGUCAUUGAAUACGACUAAUGGCAACAAGAAAAAUGAUUAGCAACACCUUCAUAUUUCGCCAGUUUUCAUCCAAAAUCAAUAUUUUAGACAAAACGUAUCCAACAGAUUCGUGGACAAAUUUAACACCGAAAAUUCUUUCAUACGUUGGAAAAAAUCUGCACUUAGUUCCGUACCAUCCUCUGUCUCUUCUGCGGCAACGAAUCGUUAAUUAUGUUCAGGAUAUUUAUCGCAAAAGAACUAAUGAAAAAUUAUGCGUGUACGACAUGUUAAAUCCUGUUGUGACUGUUUAUCAGAAUUUUGAUUCUCUAUUGAUUCCUAAGGAUCACAUUAGUCGAUGUAAGAAUGAUUGCUAUUAUGUAAAUCGAGACCAUUUGUUAAGAGCCCAUACAACGGCCCAUCAAGCCGAACUUAUUUCUAAAGGAUUGAAACAGUUUCUUGUUGUUGGGGAUGUUUAUCGUCGGGACGAGAUUGACUCUACUCAUUAUCCGGUAUUUCACCAAAUUGAUGGUGUUGGGCUUUAUACGAUGGACAGUUUCCGGGAUAUCGCAAAUACAGAGAACGUGGAACUUUUCGAACGUAAAGGCGUAGAAAGUUCAUAUAAACAAAAAUGUCAUACUAUGGAAGCAGUAAAAAUAAUGGAGGAUGAGUUGAAAAGCGUUCUUCUCGGACUGGCAUGGACCAUUUUUGGAAAAGACGUGCACUUCCGGUGGACCGAUGAUCAAUUUCCAUUCACUCACCCAUCCUGGGAGUUAGAAGUAGAGCACAAAAAUAAAUGGAUAGAAGUUUUAGGCUGCGGCAUAGUCCAUCAGGAAAUUUUAAACAGAGCUGGAGCUAAUGACUCCAUUGGUUGGGCAUUUGGUCUUGGCCUCGAACGAUUAGCUAUGUGCUUAUAUGAUAUACCUGAUAUCAGAUUAUUUUGGAGCACCGAUCCAGGAUUUUUAAACCAGUUUAACGGAGCUAGUCCUGAAACAUUAAUAACAUAUAAGCCUGUAAGUAUCUAUCCGCCGUGUACAAACGAUAUAAGUUUCUGGUUACCUCAAGAUGGAGAUUACUCAUCAGCUGACUUCUACGACAUCGUGAGAGAAAUCGCAGGUGAUAUAGUGGAACAAAUCAAGUUAAUAGACGAAUUCGUUCAUCCGAAGACAAUGCAGUUAUCUCACUGCUACAAGAUUGUUUACAGACAUAUGGAGCGGACACUGUCCCAGAAAGAAGUGAAUGAUAUACAUAAAAGUAUCCAGAACGCGGUGUCUUCUAAGCUACGUGUUUCGAUUCGCUAAUUUUGUUUCUAUAGUAAAUACGAGUAUAUUUAUUAUUUUAUUCGUUGAGGCGCAGCCAGACAAAAUUACACGUGCAUCAACACAAGUCAUGUAAAUGAAAUAUUCCUGAAUUACUAGCAAGUAUUGUUAUCCCUAGUAGCACAGAAUAAUUUCUAAAUUAUUUUUUUGUAAUCUUUGCUCAUUAUCUGAAGUGACAGAUUUGUUAAGAUAUUUUGAAGAUUUCAUUUGAUGAUAUCUAAAAUAUUUGUUGACAAUCUCAAUGAUAAAUUUAAUUUUAAUAAUUUAUAGAUAUAUAAUAAAAAUACAAUUUUUACUUUACCAUUGGAUCACUUUGGAUUAUUGGACACUUUUUACUUUACCAUUGGAGCAAUUUGGAUUAUUGGACACUUCAUUUGGUAUCAUG